AGGAUAAUCUUGCUCGCAAAGUCGAACCACUGCGUCUCAGCAAACCAUAAUAGUUAACAGCGAUGAGGAGGCGUUAGCCACACUACAGUCCCUGCAGGGACAUCAGGCAGUGAUCACUCCUGAGCGGCUGCAGGCUCUAGGACAGGAGCACAUCAUUGUAGCUCAGGAACAGGCAGUGUCAGACCAGGAGGAAGGUGCAUACAUUCAGCAGAUAACCACCAUAGACGGUCAGACGGUCCAGCAUCUGAUGACAGGAGACAACCAGGUUACUGAGGUUCAGUAUAUCAUCUCACAGGAUGGAGUUCAACACUUACUUCCUCAAGAGUAUGUAGUAGUAGCUGAUGGCAACCACAUACAGAUGCCAGACGGACAGAUAAUCCAGUACGAACAUGACAGAACCAUUGUUCAGGAGCAACAGAUUGCUGUAAGUCACGACGGUCAGAUCCAGUACCUACCUGUCAGCUCUGAUCAACAAAUCGUGAAUGCUGAAGAUUUGGAGGCUGCUGCCCACUCUGCUGUCACAGCCGUAGCAGACGCGGCCAUGACACAGACCCAGACAGUCUACACUGAGGCUACACCUGAGCAACUGGAAGAGCUGCAGCAACAGGGCAUCCACUAUGAUGUCAUUACUUUCUCCAAUGAAUAGGGAUGCAAGUGCGCCAAGAGGAGGACCAAUACAAACCACUA